CGCGAGAGCAACCACGAUUGAUUGAAGAGCACCGGCCCGGCAGAGAUCUCGCAUCGCACACACCACACACCACACCACACACCACACCAUGGCGGCGGUUCCAACGACGGCGCUGGGAAACUCCAGCGUGGCAACGGCCGGGGUCGAGGUGAUGGAGCUCACGGCCGCCUCCCGCAGGGGCCGGGAGGAGCACGAGGAGGCCCUCCUGGACAUGGAGGCCAGGAACCGGGCCUUUUCCGUGGACGUCCCGACCCUCCCCCAGGACGUCCGCACCUCGCUGCGGGCCAUGGGCCUCCCGGUCCGCCUCUUUGGGGAGAACCCCGCCAACGUCCGGGACCGGCUGCGGAUGGCGAUGGCCCGGGAGCUCGUCAGGGGGGAGAGGGGUGCUUCGGAAGGGGCCCCCGGGGGGCGCGAAGGGGCUCGAGGGGCAACCAAAGGGGAAAGCGCCGAACCCGAGGAGGCCAUCACCAAGUACAGCCGGGCGUCCCAGGGGCUGGUCAAGGCCCGCGAGCGGUUCUCGGCCUUCUCCCUGGACCGGGCCAGGGACCGGCUGGACCAGGAGCGGACCUACCGGGCCCAGUGGCAGCGCAAGCGGGCGCGGCUGGUCCACGGAAGCGAUCCUUGUGCCGGCGAAAGCGACCACGCCGAAAGCGGCGAUCCUUGUGACGGCGACCAAGGGGCCACCGAGAUCGAAACCGACUGCCUUUCCCUGUACCGGUCCGUCCGGAAGAUGGGGGCGGAGGGAUCCCAGUACGGGGACCCCCGGCCCCUCUCGUGCAUCGCCUCGGUGUUCGCCGGAACAGGGGGCAACCCCAACCCGCUGGUGGCCACGGGGAGCUGGAGCGGAACGAUCAAGCUCUGGGACGCCUCGCUCCACCAGGCCGCGGAGCGGACGCUGGCGCACGAGGACCGCAUCAUGGGGAUCGCAACGAAACCGCAGAGGGCCGGGGGGCCGCUGGUCCUGGCGACCUCCUCGAUCGACCGGACGGCAAAGCUGUGGACGGUCCGCCCGAACGAUGGCGCGGACGGAAGCAGCGAAACGGAGCAGAACGGGGGGAACGAACCUUCCUACUUGAUCGAGGAGGCGGCCCACCUGAGGGGCCACGCCAACCGGCUCUGCAAGGUCGCCUUCCACCCGAUGGGGGACCACCUGGUGACCACGAGCUUCGACCACACCUGGAGGAUGUGGGACGCUGCCACCGGGACCGAGCUCCUCCUCCAAGACGGGCACGCCAGGGAGGUCUACGGCGUCGGCUUCCACCCCGACGGAUCCCUGUGCUCCACCACCGACUACGGCGGCGUGGUGCAGCUCUGGGACCUCCGCACCGGACGGUCGGUCCACCAUUUUCUGGGCCACGCCAGGCGCGUCUUUUGUGCCGAGUUCGCCCCCAACGGCUUCCAGCUCGCCACGGCGGGCGACGACGGGACCCUCAAGAUCUGGGACCUCCGCAGGCGAAGGCUCUCUUCCUCCGUCCCGGCCCACUCGGGGCUGGUCACGCAGCUCUUGUUCCAGGACCGGGAGCAGGGAGGCGUGGGGGGGGGCGAGUUCCUCGUCUCGGCCUCCUUCGACGGGACCGCCAGGGUCUGGUCGGCACGGGACUGGAAGAUUCUGGCCACCCUCCGGGGGCACGAGGGAAAGGUCACGGGGGCCGGGAUCCUGGGGGACGGGAGACAAGGCCUCGUCACGUGCGGCUUCGACAAGACCCUCAAGCUGUGGAGGUGAGCGAGCGAGGUUGCCGAGCGAGACGAAGGGAGCGGAGCGGAACGGAGUGGAAGGGCAACCAACGAACCCCAAAGGCCAUCCCCGGUGCCGCGGAGUUCGCUGUCCCAUCAGCACCGGCACCCCGGAGCAAUCUGUCCCAAUAGAAUAAUCACUAACCC